AAAGAUAGCUGGGGGCAGGGGAAGCACAUCCACCAGAGGCAGCGGGCAGGGGAAGCACAGGGCCAUCUUGCCCUCCCUCGUUUCCCACUCUUAUUAGUCACCCAGACCUGAAAACAUACCCUCAGGGAGUGGAGAUUUUACAAUUAAAUACCGUUGUUCUUGGGGGAAAAAAAAAAACUCACAUGCCAAGGAUCUUUUGAGAUCCCGCGACCGCACCUAGGCGAAGACGCGCUUCAUCUAGAAAGCACAAAACUCUCAAGCCGCCAGGUACCUGCAGCCCGUGGUUCAGAGCUCCGCACUUACGGGCCUGGGCUCCCUCUACAGGCAGGCGCGGUGGGCCUGUGGCGCGGCCCGUCAGGCACUGCGGUAGGCGCCCCAGUGGCUGGCAGGACCCUGACCCCAAAAUGGCGGCGCCCAGCGAAGUGACCGCGGUAGUCCCUGGCGAAGGCGAUGGCGGAGGCGGCGGCUUUGACUCCUGGCUGGACGGACGGUUGGAGGCACUGGGAGUGGACCGAGCCGUUUACGGAGCCUACAUCUUGGGUGUCCUGCAAGAGGAGGAGGAAGAAGAGAAGCUGGACGCUCUGCAGGGGAUCCUCUCUGCUUUCCUGGAAGAAGAUUCCCUGCUUAAUAUCUGCAAGGAGAUUGUGGAACGAUGGUCAGAAACUCAGAAUGUUGUCACCAAAGUGAAAAAAGAAGAUGAAGUACAGGCCAUCGCCACCCUAAUUGAGAAGCAGGCACAAAUUGUGGUAAAGCCGAGGAUGGUGUCAGAAGAGGAGAAGCAGAGAAAAGCUGCCCUCCUGGCCCAGUAUGCUGAUGUGACAGAUGAAGAGGAUGUAGCAGAUGAGGAUGAUUCAGGAGCUACCACAAUGAACAUUGGUUCUGACAAAUUUCUGUUCCGAAACACCAAUGUGGAAGAUGUCCUUAAUGCUCGAAAACUGGAGCGAGACUCGCUUCGGGAUGAGUCCCAAAGGAAGAAGGAACAGGACAAACUGCAGAGGGAGAGAGAUAAACUAGCCAAGCAGGAGCGCAAGGAAAAAGAAAAGAAAAGGACACAGAGAGGGGAGCGAAAACGAUAACCUUGGCUUGCUCUGUUGUUUCCCCCCAUGAACUUGAUCAAAGGGAGAACUGGUUGUGUAUUCAAGAGAAAUGAGAGUGCAUUGCAAAGUAGUUUCCCAAGGCAUUUCCCCUAUUGUUUAUAUGGUCAAAAGGAAAAUCACAAUCACUUUUAAGUACAAAAUUUGCUAUGUUUUGGUGGUGUGGGAAAUCAGAUUAUAUAGUUGAUGACUGUACCAAAGAUCUGGAAUAGGGGCCACCUUUAUAUUUUAAUACUUAAGUCCUGUGCUCCUUUCGGCCACUUUAAAAGUCUUCCCUCACCUUGGAUAAAUAGCAGGAGGAUUCAGAAAGGUAACAGUUUUCAUCCAGGAGCAGAAACAUUAUCAAUCCCUCCUGGAGAUGAAACAUGGGCAUGCACAUUGCUUUGGAGGCAGUAUUCAGCUGUAAAUGUAGUGUUUUAUGGCUGAAAUAGAGCGCUAAUAAAGAGCCCUAUCUGGAUUCAGAUUUUAUGUUAAUAUGGCAGCAAAACUAGGAAAAUGGGAAGAAAUUAUUUGGGGGAUGUUCUAAAUUUUUUUUUUUUUUUUAAGUUUCAGCCUAUGGGAGGAAAAGAGGUAUCUUUUAAAAUAGAGAUAGUUACAUAUUUUUCCUCAUCUAGGCUGUGAUAUUUUAAGGAUGUGUCACCAUUGGGUACAAGGAUAUCAUUGUUGGCUAGAUUCAUUUUUUAUUAUCAUGUAUCCUCUUGAAUCCUGGUAGGGAUUUUAAUACUGAUUUUUCCCUAAGACAUGAGUAUUAAGAAGUGGUAAUUCCUGAUUUAGAGAAACUGGAGAAAUUACCCUUUUAAGGAGGAAACACUGGAAAUCUCUGCUAACACCAGGAUAUUUUUUUUUUGAGACGGAGUUUCGCUGUUGUUACCCAGACUGGAGUGCAAUGGCAUGAUCUCGGCUCACCGCAACCUCUGCCUCCUUCAAGCAAUUCUCCUGCCUCAGCCUCCCGAGUAGCUGGGACUACAGGCACGCACCACCAUGCCCAGCUAAAUUUUUGUAUUUUUAGUAGAGACGGGGUUUCACCACGUUGACCAGGAUGGUCUCGAUAUCUUGACCUCGUGAUCCACCUGCCUCGGCAUCCCAAAGUGCUGGGAUUAUAGGCAUAAGCCACCACGCCCGGCCUAACACCAGGAUAUUUAAGAGUAUACAUAUUAGAUACUCAACACAUUUAUUGAAUGAAUGAGUGAAUGGAAAAACUGGGAAAGUCAAAAGUGAAUAGAAGCUCUCCAUUUCUACUUUUGUCACAAACCACAUUAAAUUGUAAAUAAGUCCCUUCCCUACUUGACUUCAGGCAGCAGACAGUCUAGAAGCCUAAAGACAGCAAUUUCUCUGACAAAACAAAGUAGAUAUAUUAUACCAGAGGUUGGCAAACUACUGCCCACGGGCCAAAUUUGGCUCAGUCUGUUUUUGUAUAGUGCAAACUAAAAAUGAUGUUUACAUUUUUAGAGUUAUAAAAGAAAAAAUAAGUGGUCUGCAAAACCUAAAAUAUUUACUACCUGGCCUGGCCCGUUGGAGGAAAAGUCUGCCGACCUCUGUUUUAUACCAUUAACUAUGAGAUUAACAAAAACUUUUACCUUUGUGUGAAGGUUAAAAAAAAAAAAAAGCAUGGUUAAGGAAAAGGAGAUGUGUUACCUCUUCAUAUACUCCUAUAACCGUGGCAUUGCAAAAAAUAAAAAUAACCACCUUUAAAAAAAAUAAACCUUAUUUAAAUUGC